AUGGAGAAUCAAGGAACUUGGCCACUGCAUGAAGUUGGUGAAAGAGCUAAAGCUAUGGUUGUAGAGUUUCUAGAAGCGAACAAACAUAUCAGUAACCCAGGCCCAAGAUUGGUAGCACGGUGGUCGCCUCCACCUGAGAGCUGUUAUAAGAUCAAUUUUGACGUAGCUCUGUUUGAUCAUUUGGGCUCUGCGGGCAUUGGGGUGGUUGUUCGAGAUCAUAGAGGAGAAGUUAUGGCAGCCCUUAGUCAGAAAAUUGCUCUCCCUCAGUCAGUUGCAUUGGCAGAAGCUCGGGCAGCCCAUAGAGCAAUCACUUUUGCUCAAGAAAUGUCUUUCUUUCAUAUCCAGGUUGAAGGGGAUUGUCUAGGGGUUAUUCAUGCUUUGCAAUCCCAGGGACAGUGCAAAACCUUGUAUGGACACGUGAUUGAUGAUGCUCGGAGAUUAGGCUAUGCUUUACAUUCUUGUCAGUUUUUUCAUGUUGGAAGGGGAGGAAAUAAGUUAGCUCAUGAAUUAGCUAGAAGAGCAGUUUUAUCUGCAGAUACUGAUGUAUGGGUAGAAGAUCUACCUGAUGAUUUGGACGCUGUGUUCCAAUCUGAUUUUUAUUAA